GCCCAGUCCAGGCCGAUAACGUUAAGCUGCUAAUCACUUUCUCAUUGCUGCCCAGUCCAGUCCAGGGGUCGCCAUCAAUACUUUGAUGGCACGGUCAGCAAGUCAACAGCAGCUGCCAGCCACAAGGAUAGACUUAUAGAUAUCCACAGGCCAAGCUUGCUAGUCACUCAUUCAGCUUCAGCAACUACGAUUCUCCUCGCUUCAUAUCUCGUCCAGGCAUUCCGCACUUCUGUCUUUUUAGAAAGGCACUUAGGCUUUGUCUGCUUCAGAUCUCUAAAAAGCUAAGGCAACAGGGAGGAGUCCUGAUUCAGAUCUCUAUCCAUAUCAGGUACAACAGCUCGACAUUUACUGAACUACAAGAAGCUGUGAGCAAGUAGGCAAGUGUUCGAAACUCGAAAGUAUUAAAGGUUUUGUAAACUGUUUCAUACUACAAUACUUGAUACAAAUUCCUUCUUGUAUAACCCGUUUGCAAAUAUGGUUUUUUAAAUUCCUUCUUGUAUCACCAAAAAAUCCAUGUGACUAAUCUAGCAUACAGGUCCUUGUAUUGUAUUUGGUGUUGAGUUUUCAUGAAAGGAUCGAAUUUUGUGCAAGAGAAAGGAAUACAAUGGACAGCAAAAAUGUCACGCCAAGGCUUAUGUCGCUGCAUUUGUUAGAAAAAAUCACAGAUGGUUUCUCCAACAAUCGGAAAAUUGGUGCCGGUUCAUAUGGAACUGUUUACAGGGGAGAGCACAAGAAUGGGGAGACGAUUGCUGUGAAGGUGCUACAUCUACAUAACAAUCCGGGACUUUAUGAUGAGCAGUUUGAGAAGGAGUACCUCAACAUUGCAAGUCUCCAACACAAAAAUAUUGUGCGGUUAGUUGGCUAUUGCCAUGAAACUCGACGAGAAUGCCAUCCUUUUGAUGGAAAAAUGGUAUUUGCUGAGAAUACACAGAGAGCGCUUUGCUUCGAGUAUAUGCAGAAUGGAAGCCUUAAGAAGUAUCUUUCUGAUGAAUCUACUGGGCAUGAUUGGUGCACACGCUAUGCAAUAAUUAAAGGCAUUUGCCAGGGAUUGAAAUACCUUCACGAGGAAUUGCAAUCUCCUAUGUACCAUUUGGAUAUAAAGCCAGACAAUGUAUUGAUGGAUGAGAAUAUGGAUCCAAAACUUGCGGAUUUUGGCUUGUCAAGGCUGUGCGGAGGAGAAAAAACACAUGUGACAAAAAGUGCUAUAGGAACACUUGGGUACACCCCGCCGGAAUACAUAGAUGCGGCUGUUAUCUCAAAUAAGUUUGACGUAUUCAGCUUAGGUGUUGUAAUCAUAGAGAUAAUGACCGGACCAGGCAGCCGCUUCAGAAAUGAAGAUAUGUCUUCCCAAGAAUUCAUUGAGCUUGUACAUGCGAAAUGGAUGAAAAGGCUACAUGCGACAUCAGUGUAUUUGCUGGAUUCAUAUUCUGAACAAGUGAAGACAUGCAUCGAAAUAGCUUUAACAUGCGUGGAAGCUAAUCGGUAUAAAAGGCCGAGUAUAGGUAUAAUCAUCAGUAAGCUGAACGAGACAGAGACUAUGGCACAGUCUCCUGAGAAGGACAUAGGGUCAUCGACGUACAAGAUUUGCCAUUGCAUUUCCACCGAGAGUGGGUUGAUGGAUAUCCCUCUAAACAAAUUAAUCUCCUACCCGCUACAUGUAACUCACAACAGAGGUAGGUUGCACAAGACAACAGUUUCGACCAUUUGCCAACCAGAAAAUGACACGGCGAUCUUUGAGCCAAUCCGACCAAAAAUUAUGCUCAUAGACUGCACAGAAGAUUUGGGAUAUGUGUGUACAAUAGACGUUCACCCAACAGAGCCUUGGAUUUUGGUUGGUCACUACAGUGGGCAUGUAUCUGUUUGGAACCAUCAGACACAGGAAAGAUUGAUGGCAUUUGGCAUCCUGAACAUGGAGAAGCGUACAAUAUCUGCAGUUAGAUUCAUCACGCAAAAGCAGUGGUUUGUUGCUGGUGAUUCUAAUGGGUACAUCCACGUCUAUAUUACGACAACGUACAAUGUUAAGAAAUUCCAAGCUCAUGCGAGCUACAUCAAUUCAUUGGCAGUUCACCCAAUUGACCCUUUUGUCCUGUCAUCAUCGGACGACCACCUGAUCAAACUUUGGAACUGGGAGAACGAGGAGUGCAUUAGGACAUUCCAAGCACACUCCAAAGAGGUUGAGUCAGUGAAGUUUGACCCGCUGACUACGAGCAACACUUUUGCUAGUGCUUCCAGGGACGGCACAAUAAAGAUCUGGAGCAUAUCUUUGGACACUCCUAUCACUACGUUGGAAUGCGGGGCUGAACUGACAUCAGUCCAUUAUUUAUUCGUUCCUGGUUCUCACAGGCAUAUUGUUACAGGUUCUAGCUGUGGGACAGCAAGCAUCUGGGAUUUGGAGAGGAAGACAUGUAUUCAAAACAUCAAAGGACUCCAGGAAAAAUGGUCCGCUGUUGCUGUUGUUGAUUGCCUUCCAGGACAUCCGAUUUUGGUUACAGUUUCGGAAGACCGUAUUGUUUCUUUCUGCAACUCCACUACCCACAGAUACCAGAACAUGGUUGACUUUGAACUGGGACUUAUUAUGGAUUUUGCGUACAUCAAGGACACAAGAAGCCUCGUCGUCGCAGGUCAACAUGGAAUUGCACUUAUGGAAAUCAAUUAACUUUACCUCCACAAUCCACCUUGCGGAGAGGAACAAAUUGGAGGAAUACAGAUCAUGAAUUGUACGCGGAGAAAUUGGCAGUUUGAAGGAUGCCUGAUGGAGAAUUUCCUGUGCGGUGAACUUUUAUGUACUUUUGUGUUAACUUAGUACAUUGUACUAUAGUGCAGUAUGAUGCUAUCCUCCUGCAUCUGCCGUUUGGUACUGAGAUUUAACAGCAGUUGCUCGAUCUAUGUUGUUUUUUGUCCCAAUUGCGAUGUCUAGUUGUAUUCUACUACUUUACCUUGUGAUGUCUGCAUUGUAAUUUUUCAUAGGGAAAGUAGUGCUAAGAUAUACUAUGGUGAUACCUUACUAUUGGGAACCAUAUGAGCUACUAGCUUUGAUCACCAUUGCCUGACAAAA